AAAAAAGAAAAAAAAAAGAAUGACAGCAAUAAGCAUAUAAAGCAUCAUCUAACAACUGUUCAGUAUUGUUCUUUAUUAUUCAAAAAUGGAGAAAUAUUAUUUAGGUCUUGAUCUAUCAACACAACAAUUAAAAUGUACCUUAAUAAAUGAAAAUCACAACAUUGUCUGGGAAAAAGCCGUUAAUUUUGAUAAAGAUCUACCUGAAUUUAAUACAAAACAUGGCGCCAUUGUAAACGAUAAUGUUGUUACAUCGCCUACUUUAAUGUGGGUUAAGGCUUUAGACUUGUUACUUGGUCAAUUAAAGGAAACUUCUUACAUUAGUCUCAUUCAAGGUAUUUCAGGUGCUGGUCAGCAACAUGGCAGUGUUUAUUGGAAACAAUCAGGCAUUGAACAAUUAAAGAAUCUGGAUGAUUCACAAUCUCUUUUUGAACAAUUACGAAACGCCUUUGCCAUUGAGCAAUCACCCAUUUGGCAGGAUGCAAGUACGACAGAAGAAUGUCGUUCCUUAGAAAAUUUAGUUGGGGGAUCUCAAGCAUUAGCUGAUUUAACAGGUUCAAAAGCAUAUGAACGAUUUACUGGAAAUCAAAUCUCAAAGAUUUAUCAUAAAAAUAAAAAGGCAUAUGAUGAAACUGCUUGGAUCAAUUUGGUAAGCUCUUUCUUAGCUAGUCUUUUAUUAGGGGAUUUUGCUUCUGUAGAUGCAGCAGAAGGUUCAGGCACAAAUAUGAUGAAUAUUCAUUCUCAUAAAUGGGAUGAUAAAUUAUUAACUCAUUGUGGUGGUGAAGAAUUAAGGAAGAAACUGGUCAAGGAACCUGUUGAAGGCGGUACUAUACUUGGUCCAAUUAAUGAAUAUUAUGUAAAAAGAUAUGGUUUCAAUCCGAGCUGUAAAAUAUUACCUUUUACCGGUGAUAACUCUGCUACACUUGUAUCUAUGAAUUUAAGCGAAGGUGAUUGUGUUAUUUCUUUGGGUACAUCAGAUACUGUAUUAGUUUAUCUUAAAAAAGGGGCAUCUGCUACCACUGAGUCACAUUUGAUGGCUCAUCCAACCGAUCCUAAUGGAUUUAUGGGUAUGCUUUGUUAUAAAAAUGGCUCUCUAGCUCGUGAAUACAUUCGAGAUAAAUAUGCAAGGGGUAGUUGGGAUACUUUUAAUGAAUAUCUUACAAGCAAGGAAGCGAUGUUCGAUGGUUGUAUAGGCUAUUAUUACUGGAUGCAAGAAAUUAUUCCAUUUGCUAAAGGCAUUUAUCGAUUCGAAAAUAAAAAGGCAGUAGAAGAGUUUAGGGAUGAGUGUAUCAAUGUGAAGGCCAUUGUUGAAUCUCAAUUUAUGUCCAUGCAAGUCCGAUUGAAACGUAUGGGUGGAAAUACAAUUAAACGUAUUUUGGCCUCAGGCGGUGCUGCUACCAAUAAAAAUAUUCUCCAACUUUUAUCAAAUAUCUUAGGGUUACCUGUCUAUAAGCAGAAGGGAUUAAAUGGCGCUAGUCUUGGUGGUGCUCUUUUGGCAAAAUUUAGUUUGCAAGGAAAGUCCUUUGAAGAUAUGAUGGCAGAAUUCCCAUCUUCUGGUUUAGAAUUGGUUUGUGAACCUGAUUUAGAAGUUACAAAAAAAUACUUGACUUAUGAAGGUCAAUUUACUGAACUAGAAAAUAGCAUUGUUAUGUAAUAAUAAUGGUUUAUUGUGAAUAUAGAAUUCCUUUUUUUUUUUUUUUU